AUGUCUUCAAAAACGAGAGAAAGCAGAUAUAUAUCAAUUGGGGAAACAGAAGAAAUAGAUUUAGAUCUCGAGAAUGACUCAGAUACCACCCUCGCAUCUACUGGAUUCCUGGAGAAGCAAAAUACCUCGAGACGGCCGUUGGCCAGAUAUGAGGCAAGAUCGAGGUUGCAAUCGGUGUUGACAUGGUUCCGAUGGGGAGUUAUAGUGUUCUUGCAAGGAGUCAUUGUGAUGUUGCUGCUACCGUCAUCGGGAAUACUGGACUCGGGAUGGAACGAGGCAAAGACGGAGACGGGCGGCGAUGUUAAUGGGCUUUACAUUCCAACAAAACACAAAUACACUCUUCUCACAUUCGAAGAGGACAAGUUCGUCCCGAAUAUGACAUCAGAUGACAACAGGAUGGAAGUGAGAAAGAACUGGGAUAUGCUGAUGCCUCUUGGCAGCGGCAGUGUCGAGAUCCCAGAUUACAAAAACUAUCCCAUGCUAGGAGAACCCAUAACAGACGAUCCAAUCCGGAACGGCUCCAUUUUCGAAGCCUCGUGGACGCAUGCCCUGCACUGUCUGUACUACACCGUAGACACCUACCACCAGCUAGUUGUAAACAACAAAUUCGGCUUCGACGACGAGCGGAAUGACUACCAUGCCUCUCACUGCUUCGAGUAUCUGCGGAACCAGAUAUUAUGUAUGGCGGACAUGACGCUGGAAGGCAGCCCGUCGCUGCUAGGUGCGACGGGCCAGGGACAAGCGCAUAUGUGCAGGGACCGAGAGGAGGCGAUAAGUUGGAUUGAAGGGAGGAGGCUGGAUGAUAUACAGAGUAUUGUGGGGCCUUGA